AUGUCACGGGCAAUAUCAACAACCAAGAACAACGCUUCAAAUACCUCCACCCUUCUCGCCACCGACACGCCCAUCAUUGAACGCGUACCUGCCUUUACACCGAUAACUCCCGUCACCCCCAAUACCUUCAAGCCAUUCGCCUCUCCCGCCAAGCAAACCCGUGGCAAAUGGACCCUAGAAUCCAACAGCGUUCUUGUGGAACUCGCCGAGGCUGGAAUGUCUUGGGCACGCAUCUCACGGGUCACUGGAAGUGCAAGGACAACCUGCCUGCAGCACUACAAAAAGUACCUGGCACCUUUCAACGCCAUGGCACCGCAGGGUUCAAGAACAGGAGCGGAAGCAGGAGCGGGAUCGUUUUCAGACUUGACGUUGAUCAAAAAGCGGAUUCAGGAGAAUAAGCCUUGGCACCAGAUUGCGGCCGAGAUGGGGCAGUCGUCGGAGGUGCUACGGAUCCGGUUCAGUGUCUUGGAGCCUUGGUUGAGGCAAGGUAUGGGGCAUCGGUCCAGUGCGGUCCGUAGUGAGGCAAUGACGGGCUUCGCCAAGAAGGUGGAUGGGAUCUUUGAGGCGAUGGUCAAGGAUGAACCGGGGUUGACCCUCGAGACUGUGCAAGGAUGGUACGAUCAGAUUCUUCUUUAUUCUCAUCGAACUCGAUACAGCGUGAUACGAGAGCGUGAGCAGGAAGCCCUUUUGAGUACCCCAACGUGGACCCCGGAGAUGGAUGCAAAGUUACUGAGAAUGGAGAGCGAGGGAAGGAGUUGGGCGGCGAUUGAGGACGAACUUGGGAGGACGUAUGAGCACUGUUUGAGACGGCUGCACUAUGCUCAGAAGAUGAAGCGGAGACUACAUGGUCUGGAUGGCGUUACUCCUCAUUCUUCGAUUUCUCAGCUGCAUCGACACUACGAUCUUUUGGCGCGACAGAUCUGGACACCGGAAAUCGACGAGGUAAUCGUGAGGAUGUGGGAGGGGGAAACCGAGUCGACGUGGGCAAUGGUUGGGGCGGUGGUCGGUGUCGACUCUGGAUUGUGUUGCAAUCGAUACCACACUGUCUUGCGUCCGCUCUUUGAGAGCGUUUGGUCGAAGAGUAAAACCAAACGGCUGCACCAUUUGGUUGGCUUGGGCGAGUCAUGGGACACGAUUUCGUCUACUCUGGGCUUAUCCAAGGCGGCGUGCAGGAUGCGAUGGAAGGAAACCCGUAACGACGCCUUCACCGGACCAGGAAAGGGCCUUGCUACUUCUCAGCGCGUAGCCAGGGAGGUCGAAUCCUGCUUGUAUAAGCGUGGACGAAUCGAGCGAUUUUAUACCUGCCAGGACUGGGAUGAACUCCUCGGCAUGACUUCAAGGACAGUGUCUGUACAGGGCUGGAAGAGACUUCAGCUGGACUGGCUGAAUCAACAUUCUGCGUGGUCUGAGCGAGCGGAGAAUGUCUUGAUCCAACUAGUCCUUCGGAAAGGAUUGAGCGCCUGGGAUGAGGUUGCUGCAGCUAUCAACACAGACGCGAGGAUAAACUUGGGCAAGGCCAUGGCGGCGAGAACUGUCACAGCGGUGGAAUGCAGGAUGCACUGGAAAAAUCUGGAUAUGCCUGUCCAGAGGUCUUAUGAUUCCCGGCAAUGGACAGCAUCGACUCGCUGCUCAUUCUGGUCAGCUUUCUCUUGGUGCAAGAUGCAGCAGCAGGACAAAGAAGUGAUGGGCGGUCGCCAAGGAUACCAACAGUUCUGGAACAAGGUUGCUCGUGAGAUGGGGAUGCCUGGUGGUGGAGAACAGUGUCUUGCCUUUUUUGAGGACUCUAUUCGAGGGUUGGUUGCGUUGGAUGACAAGACGAUCACGGACCAUGCCAAUCGACAAAUAAAGACCUUGCGGGAGAAGACUGCCCAGCAAGGUCUCAUUCUGCGACCCAAGCACUGGUCUUUGGUCUUUCAAGACAUUGUUCGGCAAAACAAGAAGUCUCGACUGGACGAUGUGGAGUGGAGGAAGGUUGCCGCACAAAUGGGCGACUAUCCAUGGAGCACCCAUGCAUGUACACUGGAUAGAGACACGAACACGUCCGCCUUUAUCGACAGCAUUGAAUGGCACUGGAGACAUAUUCACAAGAAUGCCGGCCGACCAUGGAGUCACUCGGAGCUUAAGCUGCUGGAGCAAGGGAUCCGAGAAUGUGGAUUCGUCUGGACGGAGAUUUGGAGGAAGUACCUUCCCUGGCGGACCUGGUCGAUGAUGAGAACGCGGUGGUACCGCUUGUCUGAUUGUGCGACGCGGAUCACGGUUGAUGAGUACAUGACUCUCCUCCAGGCCGUCGACGAACAACAGCAGCCUUCUUCUGCGAGUAUCGAUUGGAGCAAGGUGGUGGCAAGGAUGCCUGAAGGCUGGUCGAUGAAACCUUGUCGACGUGCAUAUGAGAGCUCCUACCGUCACCUGCUUGAGCAGAAGCUGUUCACUCCCGAGGAGGAUCAGUGGCUGCUACAGAACAUGGAGCCGCAGAGGAACGGAUCGCGAGACUGGAAGGCUGCUGUUGAUCGGUUUCCGAAAUCUGGCAUCUCUGCCUGGCAAUACCGUCUCCGGUGGUGUCAAUUGGCCGACAGCCUUGUAUCAUAG